GAAGCACAUCCCGGGAAGAAAAAUGCGUUGUGGACCCCUGUGCCGAUUCCUGUGGCUUUGGCCCUAUCUGUCCUACAUUGAAGCCGUGCCCAUCCGAAAAGUCCAGGAUGACACCAAAACCCUCAUCAAGACGAUUGUCACCAGGAUCAAUGACAUAUCACACACGCAGUCCGUCUCCUCCAAACAGAGGGUCACUGGUUUGGACUUCAUCCCUGGGCUCACCCCUGUCCUGAGUUUGUCCAAGAUGGACCAGACAUUGGCGAUCUACCAACAGAUCCUCACCAGUCUGCCUUCCAGAAAUGUGAUCCAAAUAUCUAAUGACCUGGAGAACCUCCGGGACCUUCUCCACCUGCUGGCCUCCUCCAAGAGCUGCCCCUUGCCCCAGGCCAGAGCCCUGGAGACCUUGGAGAGCCUGGGCGGCGUCCUGGAAGCGUCCCUCUACUCCACGGAGGUGGUGGCCCUGAGCAGGCUGCAGGGGUCUCUGCAGGACAUGCUGCGGCAGCUGGACCUCAGCCCUGGGUGCUGAAGCCUUGAAAGUCUCUCUCCCCAAAGCUGAGGGAAGAAACCUGAGCUUCCAGGUGUCUGCAGGAGAAGAGAGCCUGUGUGGACAUCCUUUAUGCAGGCCUGCGGGUCAUUUCUCUGUCACUCCUCUAAGCCGCUCUUCUUCCAAAGGCAGAAAACUCCAAGGCAGGAAACCAGAGAUAUAAAUACAUGGUUCCAUGCCCACCGGGAAGGAGGGCCCAUCCAGCAAACAGUGGACUAGGUCUGGGAUUUUCACAGACGUCUUCCUCCCUGUUCCAUCUCCCUCUCACUGCAUGCUUCACCGUGACCCGGGGUGAUUUUAGACCCUUUGCACGAUCAAGCAAGAUUCCCUCUGAAAAUCCGGGGAGCAUCGUGAAGGCUAUAGGCACACACAGCUGGAUACUCCCACGAAACACAAGUUGGAAGCAUUUAUUUAUUUAUUAUGCAUUUUAUUCUGGAUGGAUUUGAAGCCAAACGCCAGCUUUUCCAGGCUCUUUGGGGUCAGCCAGGGCUCAGGAUGCUGCUGGGGUGCUGUUUCCAAUCCCAUCAAUGGGCCUGACCAAGGCAAACCCAUUUUGACUGACUUGAGGGUCCUUAAGUCAGUUUUCUAGAGACUGGCUUUGCUUCUACUGUGAUUGACUUUUUUUAAUA